ACGCGAAGCCUGUAGCUGGAGGAUCCACAGGACCGCACAGGCCUUGCCCAGUUUCUCUCUCAUCCACAGAGGUCUCUGCCUUCCUCAGAAGCUCCUGCAGGACUGGCUGUGGUGGCUCCUGAAUCCUGCCCAGGACGGCUCUCCUCUCUUCAGAGCGCCCCUCCUUUCUUGCUCCCCAUCUCAGCUCAGGAGGACUCUGUGAUGUCCUGGGAGCCCACAUACCUGCUCUCCCCAGUGCUGCUGCUGCUCCUGGCCUCAGGCUCCUGGACACAGAACCUGGAGUUACUUCAAGCAAUGGAGGGCCAGACUGUUUCUGUGACAUGCUGGUAUGAUGCGCUCUACCACUCCAGUGAGAAGGUCUGGUGUAAGCAAAUAGACAGCUUGUGUUACCCCUUCAUCAGCAAAGGUGCCAAGAAGCUAAGAUACUCCAUCUGGCAGUCUUCUCAGUUCAACCACUUCACUGUCACCAUGACUGAGCUCAAGAUGAGUGACUCGGGCAUCUAUCACUGUGGGAUUGCUGUAAAUACCAAGAUAAUUUUUCUCAGAACUAUCCACCUGGUGGUGUCAAAAGCUUCAUCCACAACCACCCGGAGGACAACAACCCUGGCCUCUACCCACAGCCCCGUCACUGACAGAGGCUCUCCAGAUAGCCCGAUGUGGAAGGCCAUCGUUGCUGGGGUGGUCGUGGCUGUUCUGCUACUGCUCGCAUUCGUCAUCCUUGUGAUCCUGUACCUGAGGAAAGCUCGAGGAAAGGCCCUGAACGUUCAGAACCAAUGUCACCCUAUCUAUGAAGAAUUUUCAGGCCAGAAGGAGGAGACCACUAGCUUCAAUCAGCAGGCCCACUCCAGUGAGGACACUGGGACCAUCUGCUAUGCCUCUCUCAUCCACCUAAACCAUGUAAACCCUCAGGACUCCAUCUACAGCAACACCCAGCCCUACCCGAAGCCCUCUCCUGACCCACUUCUGACUGUGGAAUAUGCCAGCAUCUCUAGAAACAGACUCGGGUCCUCCAAGCCAGAUUAACCAAGAGACGGAGACCAGCAACUGAGGGCUGAGCUCCCAGGGCAGUGAGCAUGUAGGUACAACGCUACUGUCUCUGUGGAGGGGCAACUUCCUACACAGAGUUAAGAUGGCCUCAGACGACAGAGGACACACUUUCUUCAAGGAAGGUGACUGAAAGUGCCAUCGAGAAGGACUCUGGAGCCCUGUUCUCACCCUUCUGGAGGCCUAGGACCAAUGCUGCUAACACAUUCUGUGUGGAAGAGAGAUGGGUCGGCGCCUCUGAGUGACCUUAACCUCCCUUCCUUGUGUGACCAUCACUUCCUUCCCCCCUGGUUCAUGAAAUUGAAGCGGGUUGCACAAGUUCCUCAGGAACUUUAGGCAGAACUACGACAUUCUGCCCAACCCCCAAUCCCUCCCACACCAGCCUGACCCCUGUUUCUAAAACCAUCCUGCUCAGGGAACUCUGGUGACUUUGCUAGGAUGAAUACUAAGAUGUAGGCAGUGACCUUCUGAGGUAUUUCCAACCAUGUCAAAAGCAGGAACUUCCUUACCAUAGCCAGCCACACAUCUCUGUCAGAAUGCAUCUGGGCUCCCCAGCCUUCUAGAGGACUAGCAUUCACUCUGCAAACUGUGUCUACCUGCACCACCUAAGACCACACGCUCCUUCCAGGGUCCUAGCACUGAAGAUGUGGUUCCUGGACGCGGACUGCUCACCCUUAUGAGGCAGACCCUUGUGGGGGACAGGGCCCCUAUGAGGCAGACCCCCGGGGAGUGGGGAGACGCAGCUACAGAGAAGGAAGGAAUGCUGUGAGUGUGGCCCUGUUCCUGAGCAUUCUGCCUCACCCUGCCUGCCCAUGCCCUCCUCCUAUGAUGCAGAUUUGCCUGAGGGAGACAGGAUGCUUACCACCUCUGGCCUCACACCCAACUCCGUCUUGCUCCUGGGUUAUCGGUCUCUGCUCCUGAUUUCAGUUGACCUGUGGUCUUGGGCCGUGCUUCAGUCAACACUGUCUCCUGGAAGCCUGCUUUCUAUUGUACAUUCCUUGAAUUGCUCUUCUUGGCUAUGGCUCAUCCUGAAGGUUGGGCUUCUCAUGAGCUGUCAAAACCCAAAAGGGUUUUUCAGACUGGAGCUCCUGGCGCUGACUAAGCUGUAUUUGCUGGGUCAGUAUCAAUGGAUACUUAGGACUCCCAGAACCUACACUCAAGCUUGAGGACAAGAGAGAUUGAUUCUAGGAUGCAGUUGGGAAUACUUAUAAUGUGUACCUUGCCUCUAUAUGGACGAAGAGCCUAAACGUUCCUAUUUACAUGCAUUCCUCCAUUUUACAGAUGGAGAUAUACUGAGGCACGGGGAGACUUGGUCUCACAGGU